CCCACGGGCCGCGGCGGCCGGCUCUCCCGAGCCCCUCCCAGUCUCCCUCAACUCCUCCCGGCACGACGACGAGCAGCACCGAGGCCGCCCCGGCCGCCGCGCCCCUCAGAACGUCAGCGCCGCGGAGCCCGCCCUCCACGCGCCCGCGGAGCCUCCCGGCGCCGCGGAGGAGGGGCUCCCCGGGAGGGGCGCUGCGCUCGGGUACACGCGGGCUUCCCUACACAGCGCUGCGGGGCCCGCUCCGUCCCGCCCGGCCCGGAACGACGAGUCGCGGCGCCGCCUUCCAGCCCGGCCUCGCUGCGACCACUUCCGCCCAGGGCUCCGGAACACCGAGGCGCCGCGGCGGAGGACAACAGGAAGUCACUGCUGGGGCCUGUUGCCUGGAAACUGCCCGGCCCCGCGACUUUGUUGGGCGUCCUCCCCCAGUCGGGGGUCGACAUGUCGGGGCUCAGCCUCCCGGAGAUGGAGGGCUGUCGGGCCCUGCUCGGCCUGCUGGACGACGCCGAGAUCACGGCCCUGUGCGACACCGUCACCGGCCGCCUGGUGCGGCCCGAGCACCGCCACGAUGCCAUUCAUGCAAUAUUAGUGUACAGUCAAAGUGUAGAAGAACUUUUGAGGCGUAAAAAAGUCCACCGAGAAGUCAUAUUUAAGUACUUGGCAGCACAGGGGGUUAUUAUACCUCCAGCUACUGAAAAACACAAUCUCAUUCAGCAUGCAAAAGAUUACUGGAAAAAGCAAUUACAGCUGAAGUUGAAGGAAACUCCAGAGCCAGUAAAGACAGAGGAUAUUAGACCCUCUCAACAGCAGGAAAAAGGAGAUGAGAAAGUUGAUUUCCGUCGAUUAGGAGAAGAAUUCUGUCACUGGUUCUUUGAACUUCUUAAUUCCCAGAAUCCUUUUCUGGGACCCCCUCAAGAUGAGUGGGGGCCACAGCACUUCUGGCAUGAUGUGAAGCUCAGGUUUUAUUACAACACGUCUGAAGAAAACGUGAUAGACUACCGUGGAGCAGACGUUGUGAGCCUCCGUCUGCUGUCACUAGUGAAAGAAGAGUAUCUGUUUUUCAGUCCUAACCUGGAUUCCAGUGGACUGAAAUGCGCUGCUUCUCCCCAUGGUCUAGUUAUGGUUGGAGUUGCUGGGACUGUCCACCGAGGGAACACUUGUUUGGGCAUUUUUGAACAAAUUUUUGGACUCAUCCGCUGCCCUUUUGUGGAGAAUACUUGGAAAAUCAAAUUUAUCAACCUGAAAAUUAUUGGAGAGGAUUCCCUUGCUCCUGGAAAAUUAAUGAAACCAGCUAUUACAUUUGAACCCAGUGAUCUAGAGGCCUUUGAUAAUAUAAUCACUCUAUGUGGUACCAAGGAAGUACAGCUUAAUGUAAGGCAGGCAUUGGGUCGUGGGACUGGAGACCAAGCUUUAUGUGGUGGGAAUGAGGCAUUGUUGAACAAAAGAGAAUGGAAUUUACCUAACCUUCUGAAGCACUGAGCACUGUAUGCCAGUCUAAAAAAAAUCUUCUGUACAGAAACUCUUCCAGAUGCUGCAUCAGUACUGUCUAAGUGAUGGCAGAUGCGAGGAUUGACAUAUUUUAGCUGAAAUAGCUUUCUUGACUGCAGACUAACAUGUGAAUACUUGCCUCUUACCUGAGGUACAGCAGAUGUUCUGAGAGCUUCAUGCAGUUCUUCAAAUAAAUUCCAUUUUAGUUGUUAUAACUAACGGUGUGCCUUAGAAACCAGGUAAUAUUUUCACUUUACUUAGUGAAUAUUCGGCUGAUAUCUGUACUUUUCAUAUGGGAAAGGAUUAGUAGUGUUCACGACCCCUUGUUAAGUUGCUCAUUUACUUUUAUCUAAAUCUGGAUAAUUUUAAAAAGACGUCUCAUGACAGCAUUGUAAAAAACAAAAAAGGUACAUAUUUUAGAGAUGUUUAAACUCAGAGUUCUCAUUUUAGAAAACUUGAAUGACGUUCUUAUGCAAAAAGUUCAGUAAUUUAGCAGGUGGAGAAAAAUUUAAUUUGCCUUUUUAAGUAUUUGAGGAACAUUUUUCAAACUUAUCUUCUGUAGUCCAAAAUAAAAAUCUUAUAAUCUGCAACAUUUUCUGAACUAUUUGGGCAGUGAUAAGUGCUAUUCUCAAAACAGAUCUUAUUGUUAUCAAAGGCUUUGGCUAACGGUUUUAUAGAGCAUUUAUUACCAUAUAAAGGAACAUACUGCUGAAAUCUUUAAAAAGGUGUGCCAAGUUCCUAACUUUUAAAUGUAUUACUGUUUUUCUUCUUGAUAGAUCUUGGAAGAGGUGACUAAAAAAACCCCCACAAAUUUAUAAUGUGGGCAUAAAUACAUAUAUAGACAUAGAUAUACUCCCACGUCAUAAAUUAAAAUUAUUAGGAUUUAUUCACCUCUGAUUUGUUGUAUGAGGUUUGAGUUACAAGGUUAAGUUGCUAGAUUAAUUCCAUAGUUGCUUUGAAGUUUAAAUUCUUCAUCACCUAGCAGCUACUUGCUGAUCUUGGAUUUAGUAAUUUUAAUUUACAAAAAUGCCGUUUGGAAAAAAUUAAACUGGGAAAUGUCAUGGUGAUAUAUUGUACGUGUUAACUUUUACCCUUAACUCUACUCGUGAUCAUCUAGAGUGACUAAUAAGAAUUUGGAAGCAGAAGGAGAAAACUCAUCUUUUUUGUUUUUUUAAUGCCAUGCCUCUUAUGAGGAGUACAAAUUGGUCUGUCCUAAAAUAAGAACUUAAUAAAGGGGGGAAGUCCCUUUUGUCUGCUGUAAGAAUAGUGUAUUGUUUAGAUUUAAAGCCAAAUUUUUUCUUUUAGUUUGACGUAUCAUUGUAACAUGUAAUUGAUAAAUAUCUUAAGUAAAGGAUAAAAUUAAAAACCA